AUGACUGCUGCCAAAUAUUCCCAUCCAAACAGGCUCUCUCCACAAUCCAUAGCUUCAUCCUCGAUGAACUUUCAAUAUACUGCCCCUCUGACUUUUCUUGAUUCCUUAUUUGCAGUUAAAACUUCUAAAGAGCUGGACUCCGUAAGUCCAUCCUCCAUUCCCGUCGAAUUACGCUUAUGCGAAAUUUGCAAAACAGGAAGCCUCAGGCGGUACGCUUGUCCAAUAACCAAGAGGUCUCUUUGCAGCCUUGCUUGCUAUCGUGAAAAUCAGAAGCUUACUAUCCAGGAAGCUGCGAUUGAUGGACUUGACGUGGUCUCUUAG